CUGACAGCUGCACGGUUUCAAGGCAUUGCAGCAUCCAGGGACUGGCUGCGUGGAACGCAUGGGAUUGUAGAUAAAUAUUUAACAAGUACAGAACCUUUUUUGAGCUUCGCAAGAAAACUUUGCAUCAUUGUGCUCAGAUAAGAAAUGGCUGAUAAUGAAUCCGGUCCUCUCACUCCUCUGGAGUUGUAUGACAGAUUGACAGCCCAAGGGGACAGAGUACGAACAUUGAAGACUGAAAAGGCAUCGAAGAGUGAUAUUGAUGAAGCCGUAAAGCAGUUGCUGGCUCUGAAAGUGGACUACAAGACUUCAACUGGGCAAGAUUAUAAGGCUGGCUCGCCUCCGACAGAUGCCACUCCUGUCAUUCAAAACGGCCCUCCAGAUGACGAAGACGAUUUUGUUGAUCCAUGGACAGUUCAAACGGGCAGUGCAAAAGGAGUGGACUAUGACAAGCUAAUAGUUCGAUUUGGAAGCAGCAAAAUUGACAAGGAACUUAUUGAUCGUAUUGAGAGAGUCACUGGGAAAAAAGCACAUCACUUUUUACGAAGGGGGAUAUUUUUUUCACACAGAGACAUGCAUCAUAUCCUCGAUGCAUACGAAAACAAGAAGCCAUUUUACAUCUAUACUGGAAGAGGCCCGUCCUCGGAUUCAAUGCAUGUUGGCCACCUCAUCCCCUUUAUCUUUACAAAGUGGUUACAAGAAGUGUUUAAUGUCCCCCUGGUGGUCCAAUUGACAGAUGACGAGAAGUAUCUGUGGAAAGAUCUGACCAUUGAGAAAGCUUACCAGUACUCCAUAGAAAAUGCCAAAGACAUCAUCGCUUUAGGCUUUGAUGUAACUAAAACUCUCAUAUUCUCAGACCUUGAAUAUAUGGGGAUGAGUCCCGGUUUCUAUAAAAAUGUGGUGCAGGUCCAGAAGCAUGUAACAUUCAACCAAGUGAAAGGAAUAUUCGGUUUCACAGACAGCGACUGUAUAGGAAAAAUCAGCUUUCCUGCAAUCCAGGCCGCACCGUCAUUCAGCAGUUCGUUCCCAGAAAUUUUCAACGGCAGAAAAGAUAUUCAGUGUCUCAUUCCAUGUGCAAUUGACCAGGAUCCAUACUUCCGAAUGACAAGGGACGUGGCCCCCAGAAUCAGUUACCCAAAACCAGCGCUGAUGCAUUCGACAUUUUUCCCAGCUCUGCAAGGGGCGCAAACCAAAAUGAGUGCCAGCGACGCCAACUCCUCUAUAUUCCUGACCGACACACCCAAACAAAUAAAGACAAAGGUCAACAAGCAUGCAUUCUCUGGAGGUAAAGAUACGAUUGAAGAACACAGAAAAUAUGGAGGAAACUGCGAGGUCGAUGUCUGUUAUAUGUAUUUAACUUUCUUCCUUGAAGACGAUGAGAAACUUGAGCAAGUGAGACAGGAUUACACGAGCGGAGCAAUGCUCACAGGAGAGCUUAAGAAACUAUUAAUAGAUACACUGCAGCCGCUGAUAGCAGCACAUCAGGAGAGACGAAAACAAGUCACCGCUGAGAUAGUGAAGCAGUUCAUGACCCCACGGAAACUGGCAUUUGAUUUCUAACUGCUUGUAAAGAACUGGAUCCAGUUAACUGUACAUUCUUAUUUAUCUCUCAGAAGCCCAUUCUUGUCCUGUACAGUUCAAAGCAUGUCAGCAAGUCAUGUCAAUAGGCCGCACCUUGUACCUCACUCCAAAAAGGUGCAUUCCAUAUUAGUGCAAUAAAACCAUUUCCAAUAAAUAAA